CUCUGAGUCGAAGCCUUACUUGCGAGGGCGAAAGUGAGGGGGAAGAGGAAGGGGAACCAUGAGCGCAGGCGCAAGCACCUUUGUCAUCAGGUGGAUCAACUUUUUCACCAUGAUACUAGCAGUGGCAGUUGUUUGCUUUGGAGUAUGGAUGAGCAUCCACCACGAUGAAUGCCGAAAGUCCUUAACCCUCCCUGUCAUAGGUCUUGGUGCAUUGAUCCUUUUAGUAUCUUUGAUAGGUUUCUUGGGAGCUUGGAAGAAUGUCACUGUACUGCUGUGGGUGUAUCUUGUCAUGUUGUGCUUGAUUUUGGUCUCAAUCAUGAUAUUCACAGUAGUAGCGUUUAUUAUAACGAAUAGCGGUUCUGGUCAUGCUGCAGCUGGUCUGAGGUACAAGGAGUAUCAUCUUCAGGAUUACAGUUCUUGGUUCUUAAAACAGCUCAACAAUACCAAAAACUGGAGAAGCUUGAAGAGCUGCCUUGUCAAGUCUGAGCAAUGCAAUAAUUUGCCAAAAAGAUACAAGAAUCUGAAGGAGUACAAACUGGCAGAACUAAGCCCCAUCGAGGCUGGUUGCUGUAGCCCCCCAUCAGAAUGUGGAUAUCCUGCAGUAAAUGCUUCCUAUUAUGAUCUGAGCUACCAUCCUGUAAGCACAAACAAGGACUGCAAGCUUUAUAAAAAUGCGCGAGCCAUCAAGUGUUAUGAUUGUGAUUCUUGCAAGGCUGGAGUUGCCCAAUACAUGAAGGAGGAAUGGAGAGUGGUUGCAAUUUUCAACGUCAUUCUUUUUGUUGCAUUGUCAAUCGUAUACUUCAUUGGAUGCUGCGCGAGGAGGAACGUCUCAAGUAGCCACUCAUCGAAGGCAAGAGGCCGAUGAUCACCCAUAUUGUUCGCUCGGCGCAGAAGAUAAGCCCUCUGAUAAAUUAGUUGAGAAAUAAAAAAUCUCGCUCCUCAUGUAUUUUACCAGCGGAACACCAAGAACUAGAUGGAGCAUAAUUCUGUGGCAUUUGUUGUUUUCAAUUAAUUGUCAGCUGCGUGAAUGUAUUAAAAAUGGAUUUAUUCCUUUCAUCA